UUCACCUGGUCAGUCUGUCAUGGAAAAAGCAGGUGUUCCUAAUAUUUUGUACACUCAGUGUAUCUCUAUUCCACUACAGUGGUUUUACAAUAGUACAUUUUAAAGCUUCAAGUGUCAAUCAGUUGUAGUUCAUUUUAAACUGUAAAGUGUCAAUCAGUUGUAAUUUCUCGAAUAUUCUGGCAUAUUAUACGCAAUGACGUUGUCAUAAAUGACACAUUGGGUACAGUAUGUACAUCCGGAAUGGUCUUUGACUUCCUUGGUCCUGUUUAUGCAGUGUCAAAAAGCUUGAUGUAAUUGUAAGUGUGAUAAUAUUAUGAUGACAGGCAUGACAAGGUUGGCUCCAACCCUGCCAGGGAGAAGGAAUGCCAUCUUGGUUUCCAUUGCUUGUAAAUAUAAAUCAUUGACAAUGAGUCACAAGCAGAAAGUUAAUACUUGACCAUAACCUGCUUGGAUACACGCAGCCAGGAACAUAAUCUGAUGUAAAGGUGUGAUAUCUCUUCUCCUUCUGUGACAGCAGGCCUAUCCUAGAGAGAUUACAAAAAGUCACUAUAUUGCCACUAUCCACCUAGGUUCCAAACAAAUGGUUGGCAUGACAGGUAUUGCUGACUGACAGAAAAUGUUCACGUUGCUGUGUGUGAACCAGUCAUUCUGGUAUCCUUUCCAUUUCGUUUGGUUUGAGGUGGCUGGUAUGCUAUUUAGCUUGGUGGCUUUAGCGCAUAAGAAACAAUGUGCUUCGGGUUGAUUGAAAGAAUCAUCACCACAAUCACGUUUAUUACUAUUACGCAUCUGUAAUUAAAUAUCAUUUUAGAUUCUUCUGCUACACACACCUGCACUUGUAGCUUAUUGUUGUGUUGCUACUGUAAAGGAAGAGGGGAAGGCUAAGCUUCAUUAAUAUCUUCUUUCGAAAGACUGGGGCUUUCCACAGGCAGGUUUGGAUGUUUUAACCUGAAUGUGUAGCCAGUAGUCACUGCCACACUCCAAAGACAACUCUCCAACCACAAAGAAGAACUUAUCAGGUGGUGCUAAACGAAACCUGAGAGUGUUUGUUUAUAGUUUUGCUUGCAUAUUUACUGCUGCCCAUGCUCUGCGUUGCCCAAGGCAAGUUUAUUCAUUUGUAGCGCUUAUUACUCUGAAACAGAACUGUAUAGUGAUGAUUAAAUAAUGAUUCUAGGAUCAACCUCUUGCCUGCAGCUUUGUAACCCAGGUGGUUGCUAGGGUGUGUCUGUCGGAGGUAACAUUUGAAUAACAAAACAAUUAUGUUGGUACAAGAGUAUGGAGUUCUUUUUAUGAUGUCAUCUGUUGCGUUAUUCACACAGAUACCCACCUUGCUAAUAUUGAUUUGCACCCCCCUUUACCCAGAACAGACUCAAUUCAUUGGGAAAUGGAUGACAAGGUGUCGAAAGCAUUUCACAGGGAUGCUGGCCCAUGUUAACUCCACCCUCUGAAUGGCACACAUAUACAAUCCAUUUCUCAAGUGUCUCAGGGCUUAAAAAUCAUUAUUUAACCGGUCUCCUCCCCUUCAUCUAUUCUACACUGAUUGAAGUGGAUUUAACAGGUGACAUCAAUAAGAGAUCAUAGCUUUCACCUGGAUUCACCUGGUCAGUCUGUGUCAUGGAAAUCAUAGUACUUCCUAAUGUUUUGUACAAUCAAUGCCAGCUGUUCAUAGGACAGUUGGACAGUCGACUCCCUCCCUCCACCCACCCAGCCAUGUAUCUUAUUUGUGUUUUUCUUACAUGUAUUUAGGUCGGUAUAGUCUGUCUGUGUGUUCAGGCCAGUAUAUGUCCUUGUGUGGUACACAAAAGAGUCUUGCGAUACCAAAGAAACCUUACCUCUGAGCCAGGCUUUUCCUUUAAAGCAAUUUUUUCAUGAAGAAUGUCUGUUUUAUAAGGUGCGAAUUGGGCAACCCGAAAACAGUUAUUCCCUGAUCUCUGGCUUUUUCAGUGUUUCUUAAAAACGUAUUCAAAGCAACAACAAAAAAAGCCCCUCUUCAAGCCAGGUAGUAAUCAAAAGAAGGAACUGGUACAUGGUCUGAAAAACCUGUGGUAUGUCCUUGCCAAUACUUCUGCUUUUGGAUCUAUUAGUUAAAAUGUUAUAUCCCCUGAUGAGAUGCAACAUAUUUGAUCAUUACGUUGUUCGAAGAGGUGCCUUUUUCAGGGAAUAUGACCGACAUGAUCUUCAAGGCUUGCCGUAGCUUCAGACACAGGCUUGUGACUUUUCUGGGUGUCUCCAAGGCGGAGAAUGCCAGCCCCAACGCUGCUGUUUACGCCAACGUCACAGAGCUGAAGAAAAACAUCCCACAAUCUCCUCCGUUAGAAGCUCUGAGUCCUGACUUGCCCCUUACCCAGGAGGGAUGGCAGGUGCACACUGACAAGGACAGCGGGAAAGAGUUCUAUUACCGCCCAGCCACAGGCCAAACCACUUGGGCCGAACCCCGCAGCACCCUCCCCUCCACAGACAUGGAGCUGCCCAAGGAGGCGUUGGCUAUCCCAGCCCUGUCCCCGGCCCUGUCCCCGGCCCUGUCCCCGGCCCUGUCCCCGGGCCUGUCCCCAGCCCCAGCCCUGUCCCCGGCCCUGUCCACGGCCCUGUCCCCGGGCCUGUCCCCAGCCCCAGCCCUGUCCCCGGCCCUGUCCCCAGCCCUGUCCCCGGCCCUGUCUCCAGCCCUGUCCCCGGCCCUGUCUCCAGCCCUGUCCCCGGCCCUGUCUCCAGCCCUGGCCCUGUCCCCGGCCCUGUCCCCAGCCCUGGCCCUCUCACCAGCCUCAUCCCAGGGUUCCAACUGGGAACAGGUGUUUGAUGAGACCACUGGUCGAAACUACUUCUAUAACCUCACCUCUGGGGCCACGUCCUGGGGAGCUCCGGAGCCCAUCGCCCCCUCCUCUCCUGUUACUGAGCCUCCCGUGCUGAAGCUCCCGAACAGAGGACCGCCCCCUCUCCCAAAGGAAGACUACCUGACAGAAGACCACGAAGCUCCAGACACCACCUCCUCGGUGUUCCCCAAAGACAUCCUGCCCAUGCCGCAGGCUAAACUGGCCGUCAUACCCCGGGCCAUUCUAGACAGUGUCCCGGUGGGCUGGAAGCGCUCCAUGGAGGCAGAUGGGAAGACCGUAUUCACCAGCGAACGCACACAGGAGCAGUGGCUCAAGUCUGUGGAUCAAGAAGGAAAGACUUACUACUACCUGAGAGAUGGCUCCAGAUCCCAGUGGAACCUUCCAGCAGAGCUCCCAGGUGCAGCCAGUCUGUCCAAGGUGGGGAAUGGAGUGGACCAGGACAGCCCGCUGGUUCUGAAGAACUGGAGACACACAAUGGGCCCAGCUCAGUUUGGCCCCUCCCAAGAAGACAACAGGUUCUUUCCAACACAUAGGAGAAACGUUUCGGACGUCACCAGUGAAGCAUCCAGCUCAGGCAACUCCCCUGAGACGCCACGCCAUACUGAUAGGUUGGGAGUACGGAAUAGACUGUCACAUCUGAGCACAGACUCACAUCAUGAGCAUACACAUCUACUGGAGAAGGCAGGGAUCCUGAACAAAACCAAGGUGGCUGACAAUGGGAAAAGAAUUAGGAAGAAUUGGAGUCCGUCAUGGACAGUGCUGCAUGGAGGCAUUCUCACGUUUCACAAAGACCCAAAAUCUGCACCUUCGGGAAACUCCAACAAGACCAAUCAGAUCACUCCAGAGUACACAGUGGAGCUGCGUGGAGCCACUGUGGGCUGGGCCCCCAAGGACAAGUCCAGCAAGAAGAACGUUCUGGAGUUGAAAACGCGUCAUGGGUGUGAGUACCUGGUCCAGUACGACACAGAGAGCAUCAUUUGUGACUGGCACAGGAUCAUACUGGACACCGUCAGACAGCUGGACCAAGAUCACUUGUCGGAAGAGGAAGAGGAGGAGCCUAUGGAGAAAUCUCCACUUGCUUCAGACAGAGACAAGAGGACCAGCUCAGCCACUAAAAUUACGCCUGGCAUCAGUGCUGAGUCAUCAGAUCAGGGGCGAGUCCGCACCAAACUACGCAAGUUUCUCCAGAAGAGGCCCACACUGCAGUCAGUGAAGGAGAAGGGCUACAUAAGAGAUAACGUGUUUGGUUGUCAUCUGGACACGCUGUGCCAUCGAGAGAACAGCACUGUGCCCAGGUUUGUGGAGAAGUGCAUCAGGGCAGUGGAGAUUAGAGGUCUGGACAUUGAUGGGAUCUACAGAGUUAAUGGGAAUCUAGCUGUCAUUCAGAGACUACGCCACAAAGCAGAUCAUGAGGAAAAUCUGGACCUAGAGGAUGGUCAGUGGGAGGAGAUUCAUGUGAUCACGGGGGCGCUAAAGCUCUUCCUGAGGGAGCUGCCUGAACCUCUCUUCCCUUACAGCUUAUUUGACAAGUUUAUCGCUGCCAUCAAAAUCCAGGACUAUCCUCAGAAGGUGUUGUACUUCCGUGACCUGGUGAGGUCCCUUCCCCUGCCCAACCACGACACCAUGUACCUCCUUUUCAAACACCUCCUCAAAGUGAUUGAGUUUGGGGAAAAGAACCGUAUGUCAGUCCAGAGUGUGGCCAUCGUGUUUGGCCCUACGUUACUCAGGCCCCAGACUGAAUCGGCCAACAUCACCGUUUACAUGGUCUACCAGAACCAGAUUGUGGAGCUCAUCCUCAAAGAGUUUGAGACAGUAUUUGCCCCCAGCUGAGACAUUUUCUAUGGCACCCAUGAGUCAAGAAGGACAGAGACAAUUUGGGUUGCCAAGCCCUGGGAAAAGACUGAUGGUUACAUGGGUUGCUAGAUUUGGUAAAGGGAGAUUAUUUUCUGUCAGUGAACUAGCCUUUAACUGUGGUAGCUCCAAGUCUUCAACCUUCAUCCCAAGUUUCAAACUCGUGCUGUCCAGUCAUCCAUCUGUUUUGGUACUUCCACUCACAAGAACAUUGACAAAAGUAGGUUGAGGGGAAAAAUGGAAAAUGGAUGAACAUGUUGACAUACCAAAGUUUACCAUGGAUCCUAUGACAACACCUGGCAAUAGGCAUCAUGUUUAGUUUGACAAUUUAAAUCUAUAUUACAUGUAGGUGUACAUGUAUUUGGGGGAAUAUUCUGAUGUCGUAUCCAUGGUUUGGAGUGACAUAUCUGAGACAGAGCGGUCUUUUUAGUGGAUGACCUCCUAACUAUAUGUUAAAGUCUAUGAAAAAGCUUAAAUAUUGUAUACCUUCCCGAAUGUUACCGUAUCAACAAUACAACCAAUUAAAAUGGUUGUUGCUUUCCUUUUGGCGAGCCAUACAGAUAGCAAACCACUGCCUUGACUGUAAAGUUAUUUGAUUACUUCCUAAUUUAGAAAAAGGCUGUGAAUUUAUCAAGGAAUACCACUUGCGACUAUAUUGUGGUUCAUUAUGCAUAACUUGGCUGUACGUUAUGGGCAGUAUAUAUGAACAUAUAUUAUGAUAGAGCAUAACUGUACAUUAUGGCUGUUUUAUAGUAUUAAUAUUAUUACAGAACAAGGAUAAGAACAAUAUAUCAAGAUAUUUUGAACAACUUUUUCUGUGUACAUAAGAGUUCAUCUUACCUUAUAAAUGAAUGUUCUUCUAAUAAAAUAAUUCAAUUUCUGUCAA